CCUCUCAGCAAAUAUCCUCCUGUGAUCAACAAUAUCUCUUUCUGGCUGCCCUCUGAAAAAUACUCCGAAAAUGACUUCUAUGAUUUAGUUCGAACCAUUGGAGGAGAUGUAGUGGAAAAAGUUCACCUCAUAGAUGAAUAUACACAUCCAAA